AUGGCCGAGACUUUGGAAAUGGUUCUUGAUGAUGCCCAAAGCAUAGCUACUUUAGGCACUAAUUCUGACAUCUUAAAUGUAGUUAGAAAAUUGGCUGACACAGUACAGCCUUUCGUUCCUCUGAUUAGUACUGUUUUUGUAGUUGUAUCUGAAGUAAUGAAAAUUUACGACAAUGCUAAACACAAUAAAAAAAUUUGUGCUUCACUAUUGGUUAGAGUCAAUACUGCAAAGAUUAAUGUUAAAAUCUUACAAUUUCAGCUCAGAAUUUGCGAUCAUAAAGCAUUUUACAGAUUUGUUGAAGUAUUAAAGAAAAUAAAAAAUUUCAUGAAUGAUGUUUCAAACUUGUCAGGCUGGAAAAAAUAUGCAACUGCGAAUUCGGUUCAAGAAACUUUUACGAAAUUGAUUUCUGAGUUUGAUAAGAGUAUGAGUGAUUUACAUUUCACGAUAACUAUUUCUAAUGAAGAACAAAGAAAAUUAGACCAAGAAAAUCUUAAUGCUGAUUUUGAAGAGAUGAAACAGUUUCUCAAAACAAUUGCCGGAGGCAUCACGGAUAAUAAUUCACAAAUAAAUACAAUUAUCAAUGAAUUACAGAUUAUUAAUGAGAAAGUUGGUCUUUUAAUCAAUGGUUCUAAUAAUGUGGGAAAUCAAAUUAAUCACCUGAAAGCAAUUAAAAUUAAUCCAAAAGAAUUAGAUGAUCUUCCAUACGAAGAAAUAAAACUUUGUGCCGGAAAAUCCAUAUAUAACUGUGAAAAAUUUAUCAAAUAUCUAACGAAAGCUGCGGAUGCAGGCAAUGCUAUGGCUCAGUAUAACUUGGGUGAUAUGCAUUUAAAGGGAAAUUUAUCAUCUCUUUCAAAUUCAGAUUUAGGCAUUAAGUAUUUAAAAUUGGCAGCGUUAAAUGGUCAUUCAAAGGCUGUAGAAGUUCUGAAGGAGAAUGAUAUCAAUAUUAACGAAUAA